AUGCCUGUUACUUUAGAAAAAGUGCACAAGCAGAUUUCCAAGAAGCGCAACUCCACUAAUGUGCUUCAUGAGAACAGUCGCGAUGCCCACCGACUCCGCAAAGCUGGUGCUCGCGACGAUCGAUUGUCCCGCCAUAACGCCACUGUGAACCGUGCAAGACAGCCAUACUUGGACCGAAUCGAUUACAUCCACGAGGCUAUCCAAGAGCUUACUGAGGCCCUCUCGAACGAAGAGAUUUCCGAGUUCGUCGCCAAGUACAUUGGCCGUGAUACCGAGGAGAUCAAACAGCUUGAGUCAGAACGCCGGAAAGGACGUCCUCCUAGCAAGCGCGAAGAGGCCUUGAAACAGCGGGUGCAAACCGAGGAUCGGGAAUUCUCGACCGGAUUGUGGAUGCCCGAUCUAGGCGAUCAAUAUGCGAUGACCGCCAUGAAGAACUGGAAUGGACACUGGUCGGGUCUCAGCGCUAUCAAGUUCAUGCGGUUCACCAAAGCUGGAGAGAAACUCACUUCUACUUUCCCACCGAAGAGCAUGUCAUGA